UCUGAGCAGACGGGAAGCACCAGAGGCAGAGUGGUUGUUUCAGAGGAGGAGGAGGUUCUGAACACUGCGGGUCUUUGUGGUCCGGUGGACAAAGAGCUGCUGUCCGGCGUCCUCUGCGGGUCACAGCCGAACAGACCGACACCGAGCAAGACGCUCCGCUAACAACUGCUUCACUUCAGCUGCGACAUGAAGCGCUGCCUCGGACUGGUUCUGCUGCUCUGGUCCGGGAUGCUGCAUGUGGGUUCUGGGCUUCGCUGCUACAGGUGUGCGGAUUACACGGGUCGCUGCGAGAACGUGCAGGAGUGCACAUUUGAAGACUCGUGCAUCUCUCUGAGCGAUCAAGGUGGGAAGACGAUCCGGCAGUGUAUCCGGUACACAGACUGUGAUGUGUCCCGUCUCACCCAGAUGUUCCCGUCCAUCUCCAGAUUCACGUACAGGUGCUGCAACAGUAACCUCUGUAACUCGGGCUCCACGGCCCCCGCAGCCGGCCUGGUCUUGGUUCUGCUGUGGUCCCUGUUGAGCCUUUGGUGGUUCUGGUUCUGAAUCGCUGCAGCUGUUCUGGAUAUAAACGUUAACUUUAUAUCGCUGGUUUUUUCAGGCUCCUGCGGCUCCUCAGGUCUCUUCUGUAAAUCUGAUUUUACUAAUUUGAAAUGUGAUUUUCUGUUGGUUUAGCAGGAAAUAAAAUGUUCUGGCUUGUAAA